AUGAAUAACGACGUGGAAUUCCACAUCCGCCAAAAUCAUGACUGGAGCAAGCUUCCGUUUAACGUCAAACAGCGGCUGGGCAAUUCUCAGAAGGAGUACAAGAAAUGUAUUACAUUUUUUAGCAUUAAAAACCAAUUACGAUUCAGAGGCAACUUAGUGCAAUAUGUCAGGAAAGAUGAAAAGAGGUACUAUGAAGAACUACUUGAUUACUCUCAACAACAUCUUAUGCUGUACCCAUAUCAUCUUGCCGAUGUUAUGGUAAAAGGUCUGCGAGUAACACCAUUUCAAUAUUAUUUGAAUGUAAUGGGUGGGAUCAUGGAGCAGGAGCGCUCUUAUGACUCUCUUCCAAAUUUUACUGCUGCAGAUUGUUUGCGUUUAUUGGGCAUUGGUCGAAAUGAAUACAUUGAGCUCAUGAAUCAAUGUAGGUCAGGCAGAAAGCUUUUCCGGCGCAAAAAUGUCAAAGACUUACUGCCUCCUAAACCCGUAGACAUAACCAUGGAAAGUUGGUGGUGCGUUGAUGUUGGCUACAUCACAGAGGAAGACAUAAAGUUGGUGUCUGAAGCAGAGGUUGCCAUAAUUGACAAAAUAAUUGACAUGGGUAGUCAGCGAGCAGGUGACUUAGAUUACUACCUCGUACAUUCUUUAUACAAGAAAGGUCUUAUUUAUUUAGAUGUUCCCAUUGAUGAUACAGACUUCAUUGUUGUGCCUCCACUGGAGGGGUUUGUCAUGAAUAGAGUCCUAGGUGACUACUUUGAGACACUACUGUACAAAAUAUUUGUUUCAAUUGAUGAACACACAUCUGUUGGGGAGCUUGCAAGUGUUCUUCAGAUUGAUGCCCAUCUUGUCAAAAAUGCGGUUUCUCUUUAUUGCCGAUUAGGAUUUGCACGGAAGAAAGUCUCUGAAGUCUGCAGUGCUCCUACUCACUCUUCAUGGAAACAGGCUGCCUCUGAAGGAAAAAAAACUGUAUCACCGCCUGAAGAACCUUUACUUGAAGAGAUAAAUGCUGCUCUAGCUGAUGCUGAUGGGUCUAGCGGUACAGAGGAGAGUGAAGCAGCUGUUGCACAGCCUCGUGCAAAGCGUAUUGCAUUUCUAUUUGACUCAACUUUAACAGCAUUUCUCAUGAUGGGAAAUUUGUCACCAGGCCUCAAAAAUCAUGCUGUAACAAUGUUUGAAGUUGGAAAGCUACCUGAUGAAUCUUUAGAUAGUUUUCUACUUGAGCUUGAAAAAGUUUCUGUUGAAGGCAAUGAGGGAGAGGGAGAAGCCCAAAGAUAUUUUGACCAUGCUGUUAUUCUUAGGUCUACUAUCUUAUUUCUUAGACAAAAUCAUUGUUUGGAUCUUGUACGGUGUGAAUCCCUGCUUUCUCUUGACUUUGCCACAUGCACAAGGCUACUUAAUAAAAACUAUUUAUUACUUGUGUCGAUGGCUCCCCUAAGCCGGGAAAUUAGGCCUAUCACCAGUAUGGAACCUCCACACCUUGGCCCAGCUAUCCCUGAAGUCAAUUCAGCAUGGUUUAAAUUAUUUCUCUAUCAAAAGACAGGAUAUGGCCCACCAUCACUUUUGCUUGCAAAGGGUACAAGAUUAAAACGAAUGCCAGGAAUGUUCCGCAAUUAUGAUAAAGUUUUGGUCACUACUUGGGGUCAUGACCCUGGCGUUUUGCCUGUGGCUAACAUUGUUGUUACUUUGAAUGAGGCUCUGUGUCAUUCUUCAGUCCUUGUUCAGGCAUAUGGUGUCUUGAGAGGGGCUGAAACUGCACUUGUGCCGUUUCCAUUUACAUCAAAAUCAACAAAGAAACCCCUAGAUUGGCAAAAACAUCCUGCAAUAUUAAGACUGUCCGAUCAUGUUGAUCUUAAACACAACUGUGGGUUUGUGACUAUGGUGUCAUUAGGGUCAAAUGACUUUGUAGGGAAGAAAAAUGAGACCUCAAACAUUACUAGAGUGAUUGGAUUGGCUACGGAAUGCCAACAUGAUAGACAGCCAAGUCCUGUAAAUGGAAUAACCAACCAAGAAUGUGCAAACAUAUUGCGCGAGGAGUUGGACAGUUUGAAGCAACAGAACGGGGACAUGAAUGCUGAAACUUCACAGUCAGUUGGCCCAGAUAGUGAAACUGUAUCAGUGGCAGAUCAGCUGGCUGGGAAACUUAAGCUGAAUUUACCCGAAUGCCAAUCAGACUUUCCAGAGGCAUCAGACUCCUGGACUUUGCUUGAUUGUUGUUUUGGUGUUCCCCUAUUUGAUGUGGAAGCCAAUAAACUUAUUUGUGAAUCCAUUAUUAGCUGUGGCUUAGGAGAGCAAGAAAGUUUGAGUAACCUGAGAGCCAGUGGUGAGAAACUAGGAUCCAGCCUAAUGGAGUUCAUAAAACAAUUCCAGGAUGAUAUGCCUUCAGUUGGCUCAGAACCACCUAUAGCUCUGCCAACGCAAAACCUCAUUUUCUAUCAAGGAAAAUUAGAUUACUGGGAUGGAAAGUAAUCCUAUUUUAAAUAGCAAUUUAUCAGCACAUGAUUUUAAACAAGUGUAUCUUAUUUUACGUUAUCUGUGGCAUUUAAAAAAAGAACUAACUGAAAGAGAUAGUUUUACAUUUAUUAAGGUUUCUAAUAAUCAUUUCUCAUUCAUGUCAAUCAGGUGAUUGUGAUCCAUAAGAAAAAAACCAAUGGGCAGUUUUUCUUUUCAUUCCAUGUUUCAUAGAACUUAACUAAAUUGUUGUGUUUUCAUGAUAUUGGUGUCAAAUCAUACUUCUGUGAUAAAGUUUUCCCCCUUUAAUCAAGUGGAGAAAAUAACAGUUUUGAUGCUAUUGAUGUACCAAACCGGAGAGAUAGUGUGGUAGGAAAUUUCUGGUUCUUACUCUUUGUUCCAUUCCCAUUCAAUAAGUCAUUUUUAAUUACUUUCAUUUUAGUCAUUUUGUAAAUGGUAAACACCACCACUUCUUCCCUCACUCAUCACCACAGCUUGUAGCUCUUUGGCAACUUUUGAAUGUCUAGUGAUGUCAUUGUGAUUUUUGCUCCCAAGUUGCCAAUACAUUCCCAAGUUGUUAAGCUGGUCAAUAAAAGCCAUUUUAGUGGGAAAUACUUUUAUGAUGUUGGAUCUGUUAUUGUUCACAGUUCUUUCAUUUGUUACAUAUCACUUGUAAUUUCACACUGUGCUGUUGUGAGGGGAAAAAAUGCUUUUUCACUAAAAAGUUGUUAAAUGUUGAAUGUGCCAUGAGAAAGGGCGCCCUUUCUCAUGAAUGUGCUGUUUCAUUAUUAUUAUUAUUAUUAUUAUUACUAUUAUUGCUAUCAUUAUUAUUAUAUGUGUGAAUCAAAUGUAUAGCUGUUGCUACAUUGAGAUGAUAAGAGUAUAUUUUAAUUUUAAAAUAAAACUACUUGCGCUGGUCUGUGUUUUUUUUUUUUAAUGCAAAGCUCAAUUAAUGUCAAAUUUUGAUAAUUAUAAAUGUAAGUGUUGUGGAGCUUCUAGUCAAAGUGCUUUAAAAUUAAACUCCAUAACUAGUGAUUUGAAACAUUCAUUUGUUUGCUUUAGGCUUUUCUCUCUGUUAUGGAAAAAUUAUCCUUAUUAUUAUGGCCUAAGCUGACCAUUGUAUGUCAUUGAAGGCUUUCGUUUUUCUGUCUAAGAUCUCUUGCGUAGUCUUUCAUUUAUGCAUUCCCAUUUUUUAGAUACUGUAGUCUCAAUGCUGAGAUUUUCCAGAACGAUUUCUUUGCCCAGGCAAACAUGGUCUGAUGUCUCUGUGAUUGUUACAAUUUAAUUGUUAUAGCUUUUUAAUUCAGUAAACUUGUCAAUUAUCUCACAGUCGAUUGCAUGUCUACAAAACGCAUGGAAAUGUCCUUGUAAUUUCAUUGUAGUUAACUACUAAAAGCAGCUCCCAUUGAAUAAAAAGUGUUCUAAGCUUUUCUGCAAAGGCUUCCUUUAAAUAUUAAGUAACAUUAGCUGUAAGUCCAUGUAAUGACAGCUGCUGAAUUCAAUGUGAUAGGCUGCAGGUGGUGCAUUAAUUAUGCUCUGAACCAAAGUUAUUAGCCGGUUUGAAUGAUUUUAUUGCAAGUUGUUAUUUUUGUAACCAUUGUUGCUGUUUGCACAAAGUGAAAUGAAUUAAUUGAUGCCGCUACUUUUAUACGUGGUAUGAUAUUAAUAAAGUGUUUUAUACCCUUGCUGACA